AUGCGGGGGCGCGCCGGCGGCAACAGGAGGAAACCUCACAGCGGCAGUUACCUCACAGCAUGCAAUAGAAGAAAACCUCACCACGUCAAUAGAAGGAAACAUCACAGCGGCAGUUACCUGACAGCAUGCAAUAGAAGAAAACCUCACCACGUCAAUAGAAGGAAACAUCACAGCGGCAGUUACCUGACAGCAUGCAAUAGAAGAAAACCUCACCACGUCAAUAGAAGGAAACAUCACAGCGGCAGUUACCUGACAGCAUGCAAUAGAAGAAAACCUCACCACGUCAAUAGAAGGAAACAUCACAGCGGCAGUUACCUGACAGCAUGCAAUAGAAGAAAACCUCACCACGUCAACAGGAGGAAACCUUACAGCGGCAGUUACCUGACAGCAUGCAAUAGAAGAAAACCUCACCACGUCAAUAGAAGGAAACAUCACAGCGGCAGUUACCUGACAGCAUGCAAUAGAAGAAAACCUCACCACGUCAACAGGAGGAAACCUUACAGCGGCAGUUACCUGACAGCAUGCAAUAGAAGAAAACCUCGUCACGUCAAUAGAAGGAAACCUUACAGCGGCAGUUACCUGACAGCAUGCAAUAGAAGAAAACCUCGUCACGUCAAUAGAAGGAAACCUUACAGCGGCAGUUACCUGACAGCAUGCAAUAGAAGAAAACCUCGUCACGUCAAUAGAAGGAAACAUCACCGCGGCAGUAGAAGGAAACCUCACCACGUCAAUAGGAGGAAACCUCACAGCGGCAGUAGAAGAAAACCUCACCACGAGGAAACAUCACCACGUAAACAGGAGGAAACAUCACCACGUAAACAGGAAGAAACAUCACCACGUAAACAGGAAGAAACAUCACCACGUAAACAGGAGGAAACAACAUCACCACGUAAACAGGAGGAAACCUCACAGCGGCAGUUACCUCACAGCAUGCAAUAG